UCGGGCUAUCUGCGUCCUCUGCUGCCCGCCCACGCCCCCGAGCAUGGCGAACUGCUCGAAGACAUUCCCUCAGGUGAUGCCCCCUCCCUCUUGCCCCCACCCGUGCGCCCUCCCUCUCGCCCCUGCCCGUGCGCCCUCCCUCUCUCCCCCGCCCAUGCGCCCUCCCUCUCGCCCCCGCCCGUGCGCCCUCCCUCUCGCCCCCGCCCGUGCGUUCCUCCAUCUUCCUUGAAGGCACCUUUGCUCGUUUCGUCCCACCCUCCUCUCUUUCCACCCUUCCUCUCCUCUCUGCCCUUCCUCUCUACCCUUUCCUCUCCAUCCCUCUAUCUUCCUCUGCACCACACAGACAUAUCCAGCGCCAUCCUGCCAGGUCUAACGCACUGGCCGAGCCCUCGAUUCUUCGCCUUCUUCUCCUCGCCCACCAGCGCUGCCACCAUCUGUGCUGACGCCCUCAUCAGCGCCCUCAACGUCGUCGGCUUCUCCGAGCACGGACGGGGGCUGAUUCACGGCACGACCAGUGAGGCGCUGCUCGUGACACUGCUGGCCGCCAAGCGGAGAGUGCUGGACCGCGUGGUGGGGCAGGGCGGCAGUGUGGCAGCAGCGACAGCAGCAGGUAGAGCGGGCAGUGAUGAGGAGUACAGGAGCACAGACGAUGGAGUGGGUGCUCAGGAGGAGAGACGCAUAACCAGGAGCAUAGGGGUGACACAGGAGGAGGAGCGGCCGGCAGUGGAGAGUGGCAAAGGAAGUACCACUGGCGCGCUGCUGGUGUGGGUGUGCGGGGCGAGGCUGCUCCCAAGUUCCUAUAGGGCAGUGCAGAGGACACAUCAACGCAGCGCCUGGUGCCACGUGGCUGGCAUGCCCGAGGGCAACGUGCACGUGCUGCCCACCACCGCUGCACUGGCGUAUGCCCUGACUGCCCUCCAGCUGCUGGAUGCGGUGCAGAGGGAUGAGGCAGCCGACCUCAUUCCCUUCUUCCUCGUCUCCACUGUAAGUGUGUCGCUGAAGCUGUGGAUGGUGCUGUUGACAUAUGGGGCGGAGGGCAUUCGUGUAUACAUCAGGCGCCACGUGGCACUUGCUGAGUGGUUCGAGGAGGCUGUGCAGCAAGAUGAGAGGUUCCAACUGAUGGCUCCGCGCCCCUUCGCCCUCGUCUGCUUCUGCCUCAAGCCGCCCGCUGCUCGCACACAUAGUGGGGUGGCGUGCACAGGGGUGGGCAAGGGGAGAGUGGGCGACAAGGGGUCGGUGGGCGAGGGCAGCGCGGAUGUAGGGAGGGAGGUGAAUGCGGCGCCACUGGAGGCGAUCAACAGCAGCGGGCAGGCGCAUCUCACUCACACAGUCAGUGCUGAGCUCCUUGCUGCUUGGCCCCUUGCUGCUUGGCUCCUCCAUUCCUCAACUGUAUCUCACACGCACACUGACUCUUGA